GUACCCAGACAAGGGAUUUUGACGCUGGCUCUUUUCUCAUACUUUAUAACAGUACAAAGAAAGAAAACAACCUUCCCGCCGGAGGAACCUGGUCCGUUGUGCUAGUAUCAGUAGAGGAUAUCAUCAAGAGGCGUCGUGCGUGCUGGCACCUGGCACGUUCAGGUAUAUUACUGGGGCUGAAAUAUCGAAGGUCGCAGCAGCCUCUGAAAACGGUCCGAAAUCUGCGCCGGAACCAAGCGGAACCCAACACUUGUCACAGCGGUGCUCACCACCACGGACCGCAAACCCCUCAACUGCGGGUUGUCAGCAGUAGCUGGUGGCAUCAGCUACUGCUGUAAACCUGCAGUUCAGAAGAUUGGGUUCAGUGGCGGCGAGCACAAGCAGUACAAGACACUGGGUGUCGAUCUAACUUGCGGAGAUUUGCGGAGAUUGUGGGCCACUACAACGACACUCGAUACCACCACCACAGAAGAAGUUUUGAGCGCGCCAACACACCCCCCUGCUGCUAUAGGGUGUCCUCUAGUGAUAUUGGUACAAUGGACCAGGUUCCUAGCAACACCGGCCUUAUUUGAGCGCCUUCCGUUUGGGCUCUUUUGACUUGAAUUUAGACUGGUGUGGAUUUUCAUCUUGGUUUCAAAGGAUGCGUGUGGAGCGUGCCACGAGCUGCCUGCGGUGCAGGGGGAUCAUGUCCCAGUGCAAUCCCUUAUCCAAUGGGAUAUUGAAAGAGCUUGGCAAACUUGCAGAGUUGAAACAAAGGGGUUUGAUUCUUGACCGUCACUUCGAGACAAUCAAAGCACACGUGAAGGCGGGCAACUCCGUUGCGAAGGAGCGAUGGGACGCCAUCGAGAGCGCGUGGGGGCUGAAGCAGAACGGUGUCUUCGACGAAGAAGAGUGGGUCAAGCAGAUUGACGGCGAAACGCAGGGUAUUACCAGCAGCACCCGCCUGUCCUCUUCAUCCCAACAAGAUGCCGGUAGCACGCGAGGUGCUGCACCGCCGUCUCAGCACCCACCUGCUGCUGCAGGUACCGCGAGGAGAAAGGCCGUGGAUCGCGGGAAGCAAGCUAGGGAGAGAGCUGCUAAAGGCACUUUAGGCGGCAACAUCUGCAACGCGUUCGCGAUUGGCAGCCGAGGACUGAUUGAGCGGACUCGCGGUGGAGUGAAAGGGCUCAUGUCCGGUAUAAGCUUCCCACCUCCGACCCCGGAGUCCCGCCGAUCUUGCCCUCACUGUCCCAUGACCUUCAUUGAGCGGACUCGCGGUGGAGUGAAAGAGCUCAUAUCCGGUAUAAGCUUCCCACCUCCGACCCCGGAGUCCCGCCGAUCUUGCCCUCACUGUCCCAUGACCUUCGUGAACGAGCAAGGCCUUGGGAUCCACGUGAGAACGCAGCACAGCAGUGCAAACAUGUCCAACGGCGUGCGGCUGCGGCGCAUGUUACGGAAGGAUGUCGGAGGGAGUGUCCUGCCGUGGGAAGCAGCCGGGCCUGGGCGUUGUUGGCACGUGAAGUUCGAUCAUGCGACGGGGACGGCUUCGUUUGUCCUCCAGCGGAAGCGCUUUCUCGAUCUCGACUUGGAUAGCAACGGCUUUAUGGACCGCAAACCCAAGGACACUCGUGGGGCUCCCAAGCGCAGGCGAUACGACUUCAGGUUCAAAGCCCACGCGGUCAACCAGCUGCGCAUCCUCCAGGACAACGCCGAAGACCUCUGGAAGGAGGAGCAGCGCACGCCUCUUCAGUUCUUGGAGGAUCGUCUAGAGAUUCCCUACAGCAAUAUAGUGAAAUGGGCCAAGAACAUGAAGGAAUUGGUCGCGGUGGCAGCCGAUGACGUAAAGAAGAGCCUCCUCGCCAAACAGCAGCUUAAGCGGUGGUUUCCUAAGGCAGAGAAGCGACUGUACAAGGGGUUCGUGGAGCGGCGGAAGAGAAAGCUGAAGGUGUCGACCCUACGCCAGACCAACCUCAAGAACGAGUCUGUCGAAGAGCGGCUUCCAAAGAUCCAGCGCUUCCACCGGCUGUUUCGCAAGCUCCUGCAAGAGCCGGUGCGGUACAGGGCGCCCGAUGCGUCCGACGUGUCGGCAGUCACGACGGUCGCGGAGAAAGAGUCCAGGGUUCCCAAAUACGGUCAAUUCCAGCUCUGGGAACGUUGGAAUGUGGAUCAACCCUUUCCUGGCCUAGAGAAAAGGCAGUGCACGAUUCAAGUCAUCUUUGGUCUNGCUGUUUCGCAAGCUCCUGCAAGAGCCGGUGCGGUACAGGGCGCCCGAUGCGUCCGACGUGUCGGCAGUCACGACGGUCGCGGAGAAAGAGUCCAGGGUUCCCAAAUACGGUCAAUUCCAGCUCUGGGAACGUUGGAAUGUGGAUCAAGUGUCUUUUCAUUCGUGAACGGGCUGCUCGACACGUGGGACAAGAGAGGUGAGUUGCGGGUAGCAAUCUCGCAGCCCUUUCCUGGCCUAGAGAAAAGGCAGUGCACGAUUCAAGUCAUCUUUGGUCUGGGUGAGAAGACCAUGCGCAUUUCGGUGAUUUUCCGAGGCACGGGAAAGCGGAUCUCGCCGGUGGAGAAGGCAGCGUAUCACGAGGACGUGGACGUGUUUUUCCAGGAGAACGCGUGGGCCGACCAAAAGUUCUGCAUGGAGUGGGCGAAGAGGUCCUACCGCGAAGGACUGAUGCGCGGGCGGGGCGAGCUCCCCAAGGCGAGGUCCAUUCUUAUCGUGGACAACUUGCACGCGCAGACCACGGACGAGUUCAAGGAGCAUCUUGCGAAGCACUGCAACAUUCUCGCCUGGUAUGGCCCUUCGGAGUGCACGGACGAGGUGCAGCCAGUUGAUGCAUUAGCCGGACGAUUUCUCAAGGUGGAAGUCGGGAGGCAGAUGGACAUAUGGCUCGAGCAGUCGGACAACCUCGAGAGGUGGGAAACCGCGUCGCUGACAGCUUCUGAUCGGCGCGUCCUGAUCACUCAGUGGAUGGGAGCGGCCAUGGCAAGACUCAACAGCCAACAGGCGUACCGAUACCGUCUUUUCGAAAAGUGCGGGAUGGCCAUGACCGUGGACGGCUCGGGCGAUGAUCGAAUCACCUUGGAGGGUUUGGACAAGCCGUAUACCUUCGCUAACGAUGAAGACAGUAGCGACGACGAACAAGGUUCGGAGAACGGCAACGAUGAGCCUGAGGGGCGGGCGGAGGAGGGCGAUGGAGGACGUGAGACGCUCAUGGAGGGCGUUAACUCCAGCGAUGAAGACGACGGCGACAUCUCUCAACCCCAGACCGACGAGCUAGCUCUUCUGAACGACGACGACAGCAUGGACCCACAAGACCCGGAGGAUGAGAUACAGGGAGGCUUUCGUAUUCAAGGAACUACACCCGUUGCUCUUGACAGAUUGCUUUUGCGGCGUGGAGUGCUCGUUAGGCUGGGCAUGGGGUGGUUUGGAGGGCUGAUCACUCAACAAUCUCAGAAGGACACUCGCCACCUGUACGACUACUGUGUGCAGCUGGAGCUAGACCAAAGUACGCGCAAGAUGAAGUUGCCCUUAGACAAGUUAAGCGGAGAUUCGGAUGCGGCUGUAGGCUCCUGGGUUUUGCUUGAGAGCAUUAGUAGAUCAGGAAGGGUACGCAGGACCAAAGUCAUCCUUGUGGACCAAGAAGGUUGACAGUUGCUACUCUAUGCCUUGGUAUUUUCUUGUAUCGCCAGCAGUACUAGUGUUGCUCACGGUUGACAGCCGACAAUAUAGCAAAUGAUGUUAAAAUACUGUAAGAACAAGAACGCCCCUUUCUGGAGAAGAAUGGACGACGAAUUAUGAACUUGGCAAAUAUGAACUGGUGCUCGGGUUGGGGCAGCCAAUAAGAACUGAGCCUCGCCCAAUAUAGGAAGUUCUUAAGUGCGGGCCGGCACUGUACUUGCUCAAGUAUCGGCUCGGUCAAACUCAUAUCUCUCCAUCUCCGUCUCUAUGAAUGCAUGAAACCCGAAUCUCAAUCUAUGUAGUACCGACUGUGUUGUGUGCUCACCCACCACAAUUACUGUGUGCACAUAGCGCUUGAAAAAACCAGAGAUCUUCGUAUGUAGGAAUGUUNAGCGUGGAUGAGUGCCUACGGUUCGAGGGAAACCAAGCAGACGUGCAUGAGCGACUUCCUUUGACGGUUGCAGCGCAGAUCGUGUUCAGGCUGACAGGUCGCCAGGGUAGCGUUGGUUUCUUGGGUUUGUGUUAUUUGUACGGCGAGUGAUGUUUUGAUAUUGUGAAGCUCUUUUUUUUUUCGUUGACUUGUGUUUUUGUCGGGGGUUUAAAUCGAUGGGAUGAGAGGUGUGAGGGUGUUAUGUUAAGGGUACGGUGGGAGGCAGGGGUGCAUUGUGUAAACGGGUGCGUCGUUCUUGAGUGCUGGUGCAUUCGUUGCCGCGUGUCNUCGUUCUUGAGUGCUGGUGCAUUCGUUGCCUCGUGUUGUCCUUCUAGAAGAGGUGCGACUAUGAAACACAGCUAUAAAACAACUCAACCAAAAACCUUUUACGUGUUCACGUGCAAAAUGUGCAUCGCAUCACACAACGAUGAUUUAUUUUCCGAACGCAGAUCCACCAAAAGCGUACCACGUACAGCAGUACUUGGGUCCACGUGCUUGCCAACCAAGAGAAUGAGCGGUGUUUGGAGGUAGCCCGACGUGGUAACGCUAGCUGCGCAAAUGACAUGCAUGAUACGCCCCCUUCAUGACCUAUUUUGGCAUUCGAGUGUAGUCUGUGCGCGAGAGUCCCUGUUUCACGACCUUUAGUUUUGUCUACGAUAUAAGAGAAUAUUCUCUUAUAGUGAGAUACUGUUUAAGAGAAUUAUCUCUUAUACCGUAGCCAACACGAUAUAACAGAAAGCCGGAUUUAAGAGAGUGAAAUUGGCUUAUACCGACCCUCUCUUAAACCGUAGCCGCUACUG